UCGUCCUGUGGAAGACCGCCUUGUGCAGAGCCGCUGUCCUUCGAUGAAGGUGGACGUGUCAACGUGCGCUCUCGAGUUGCCCCCCCACCUGGGGGGACUGAUUGCCAGCUUCGGCCCGAUGUUGGAGUUCCGGGUCACGUAUACCGGGUCACGGGCGACCGUGACUUUGGUGUAUGGUGACCCGCCUCCACAGAAACGGAAAGGGGGGACUGGAAGAGGAAGAAGAAGGAAGAAACCGGUGCCAGGGAAGGCCCAGGGGGGGACAAAGCUGGUGGCUCAACCGCCAGUGGCGCUCCCUCCUGUGAUACCGCCCCCACCGAGUCCUCCGGAGAGGAAGCAACCACUUGUGGAGCCUGCAUCCCCGGAACGGCCGUACACCACCCAGGAAAUCGUCAGAUUUAAACGGACGAGUGUGCCACCACCUACUUCAACCUCCACCCCAAAGACGACGACUCCGGUGAAGCGGUCAACAACGACCGCUCCCGUCGAGUCGCCACUUGGACUUGUUGUUCCGGCGACAAAAAGGAAGGCAACAUCACCGACCACCCAGCCAGCCAAGACCAAGCCGCCGCCGGAAUCCGCUCCCCCUGUUGACGACGAAUGGACCAUUGCCAUCAGUGGACUUCGCCGUCAUCUCCAUCAGUACAUACAGGGGGACACGCAGAAACCAGAACUACUUCGGGGAGGUUUUUUGAACCAACACCACUGGAAGACCAUGGAGGACGGCAGCACUUACGAGCUACAUUCCAAGAUCUUCAAUGAAACCAAGGGAAUAGUCGUUACGCACCGAAGGGACCAGACCUACAGACAGUGCAUCCUGUUUGCUGAACUCGACAACAGAUCGAUCCACAGGAUGUUACAAGCGGUCUGCGGCCCCGACUAUUCCAAGGUGGUUCAACAACUACACCAGAUCAGGGAAAAGCUGCUGUCGCUCCGAGACACUCCAGGCUCCCCGAAGUAG